UUAUUUCUUGAUGUUUCAGGCAGUUCCGUUGUGGACUUUGAAUGUGUGGAGGACACUGACCUGAUUCUUAUCCAUUCUAAUAAAUUGAAUUACACCAAGUUUGAGAACCAGUUGGCAAGACUCAUGUCAGUGAGUAGUGUUGAAGCCCCCGCAAUCAAGUCCUCCUGGCUCCAAGGUGUCACACAGUACCUGGUCCUGGAGCUGGAUGGUACACUGAAAAAGGGACACAAGUAUCGCCUCUACACUGAAUUCAUUGGAGAACUAGCUGAUGACCUUGGAGGCUUCUACAGGAGCGAAUACAUGGAGGAUGGAGAGAAAAGGGUCAUGGCUACCACCCAGAUGCAGCCUACAGAUGCUAGGAAAUCUUUCCCUUGCUUUGAUGAGCCAGCUAUGAAAGCUUACUUCUUCAUUACGCUGAUCCACGACCGUGGAACUACAGCCCUGUCCAAUGGCAAGGACAUAGAAACAACUGAAAUCAACCAUGAUGGCCAGGAUCUGCUUAAGACAGUUUUUGAGCGAACGGAGAAAAUGUCGACUUACUUGCUGGCAUUCAUUGUCAGUGACUACGACAGUAUUGGUAACAGCAUUGAUGGUGUUGAGAUCCGCAUUUUCGCCCGGAGGUCCGCCAUUGCAGCUGGUCAAGGACAGUAUGCCCUUAACAAAACUGGACCAAUCCUUAAAUUCUUUGAGCAGUAUUACAAUGCCACGUACCCUCUACCCAAGUCUGAUCAGAUAGCAAUCCCAGACUUUAAUGCAGGGGCAAUGGAAAACUGGGGUCUGAUCACAUACCGGGAGACAGCUCUAUUGUACGAUGAAGCAUUCUCCUCCAACUCCAACAAAGAAAGGAUCGCUACGAUCAUUGCUCAUGAACUGGCUCACAUGUGGUUUGGUAAUCUGGUGACACUCAGAUGGUGGAAUGACUUGUGGCUGAAUGAAGGCUUUGCAUCCUAUGUUGAGUACUUGGGAGCAAAUAAUGCUGAACCUGAGUGGAAUGUGACAGACCUCAUCGUGCUUGGUGACAUUCAUAGGGUGUUUGCUAUUGAUGCUCUGGCUUCUUCCCACCCUCUGUCAUCUAAAGAAGAAGAUAUCCAGACUCCAGCACAGAUUAGUGAGCUGUUUGAUGCUAUUUCAUACAGCAAGGGAGCAUCUGUCCUCAGGAUGUUGUCAGAUUUCCUCACUGAAGAUGUCUUCCAGCUGGGACUGAGGUCCUAUCUGAGUGCAUUUAGCUUUGGGAAUGCCGUCUACACAGACCUUUGGUAUCAUCUGCAAAAGGCUGCUGAUUCUAGCAAGUUAGAGCUUCCUGAUACUCUUGAUAGCAUAAUGAACACCUGGGUGCUGCAGAUGGGCUUUCCUGUGGUUACCAUUAACACUGGAACUGGAAGUGUUUCCCAGCAGCACUUCCUUCUGGAUCCAGAAGCUGUAGUCACAACUCCAUCCCCCUUCAAUUAUCAAUGGAUCAUUCCAAUCAAAUGGAUGAUGACUGGAGUUAUGCAGAAUCCACUGUGGCUAACAUCCAAAUCAGAAACAUCUGAAGCUAUGAAAGCAACACAAGAUCAGUGGGUGCUAGCCAAUGUCAACAUGGUUGGUUACUACAGGGUCAACUAUGAUGAUGACAACUGGGCCAAACUCUUAGAUGUUCUGCAGAGUAAUCAUCAGCUCAUUCCACGGAUCAACAGAGCUCAGAUAUUGGAUGAUGCCUUCAAUCUGGCCAGAGCCAAGAUCAUUUCUACAGUGCAGGCGCUUAAUACCACCAAAUACCUGAAUAAUGAGAGAGAUUACAUUCCAUGGAAGGCAGCCCUUAACAACCUGGACUUUUUCUACCUCAUGUUUGACCGCAGCGAAGUCUAUGGCCCCAUGCAGGAUUAUCUCGUGAAAAAAGUCUCCCCUCUGUUUGAAUACUACAAGCAAAUGACAGGCAACUGGAGCAAAGUUCCUGAUGGACACAUGGACCAGUAUAAUCAGGUGAAUGCAAUUAGCCUGGCUUGCAGGACAGGGUUGGAGGAAUGCCAAAACCUGGUCAUGACAUGGUUUCAAGAGUGGAUGGAUACUGACAGCAACAGGAUCCACCCUAACCUGCGCUCCACUGUGUACUGCAAUGCUAUUGCAGCAGGUGGCAAGAAAGAAUGGGAUUUUGCUUGGUCACAGUUUAAGAAUGGCAGUACUGCUAUUGAAUCUGAUAAACUUCGCUAUGCUCUGUCCUGCACCAAACAACCUUGGCUGCUCAACAGGUAUCUGGAAUACACUCUGGAUCCAGACAUGAUCCGAAAGCAGGAUGCCACCGCCACCAUUGUCGACAUUGCCAGUAAUGUGGUCGGUCAGUCUCUGGCAUGGGACUUUGUCAGGGCUCGAUGGUCAUACAUCUUCAGUCAGUAUGGUGGUGGCUCAUUCUCAUUCUCCAACCUCGUAAACGGCGUCACCAAACGUUUCUCCACUGAAUUUGAGCUUCAGCAGCUGAAGCAGUUCAAGGCUGACAAUUCCGAUGUUGGUUUUGGCUCUGGGACCUUAGCACUGGAUCAAUCCAUUGAGAGAACCAUCGCUAACAUUAAAUGGGUUGAAGAGAACAAGGAGAAUGUUCUGGACUGGUUCACAACUGAAGCUAAUGCCCAAUGAAGAAGCUGUUUUUACUCUUUCAUCACUCAUUUAAAAAUGAAAACAGAGGUUCGAUCGACCUGAAAAUGUUUAUAUUACAUAAUCACAUGUGGAACAAAAUCAGUUUACCGAACUUUUGCUAAACCUCGCUUUGAUAAAAGUUGAACUAGAAAAAAUAGAUACUUUAAAUAUUGUGAUAAAUUAAAUUGAUACAUUAAGUACUUAAAAGGUACUUACAUCAGUUAUCUUUGAGGUUUUAUACUUUCUAGAAUCAUUAUUUUACAGUGUCACAAAAGCCUUAAGUUUGUGUCAGCGUCUACUGUUUCUGUUUUUUUAUAUAUUUAAUACCAGGAUUCUCCAAACCGUUAUUUUUUUUCUUUCAAGAAUAUAUGUUUAAAAAUGUUUAAUUGUUUAAAAAUUAUAAGCCCUAUCUGUUUUGUUCUUCAUAUUUAUUUGAACAGUCUCAAACACAAAUUUGACAAAAGAAAGCUUAAGUUACUUCUAAUUUCGCAGAUUUUUAAAAUAGAAAAAUGUAUAUGAAGUGCAUUUAAUUGUUAAACCUUUUAUGUUACAAUUUGGAAUGGAUUACGACUUUUGAGUCCAGAAAUGUUUUCACUGCUUUAAGAAAAAGUUUUAGACUCUUGCGUAUGAAAACCAAGUCUGUAUUUUCUUAAAAAUAUUUUUUAUACAUGAGUAGAGAGGAAAAAAACUGUAAAGAUGUCAGAUUUUCAUAGAGUAGACUACUGAAAAUGUGAUCAUUUUUCCUCUUAAUGGUGAAUAUAUGUAGUGUAACUUUACUGGACUAUAUAGCGUGUUCUCAGAUUGUAUCUUUCUUUCUUUGUCUUUUUUCUGAUUCAUAAAGUUUCAUAAGUGUCAUUUUGCAUUUCUCCAUUUCAGCAAUUUUCAAAUAAAUCUUUCACCUUUGAUUUUUCUGUCUGAACGCUUUUAUUCCUG